AUGGAGAAAGUGAUUGCAACAGUCACUGGUUAUCAUGGUGAGGAGAGGUUCAAACUCAUCAAGCUUAUCAGUCAUUGCGGUGGCAAUUAUGUCGGGCGCAUGUCAAGCGCUAAUACACAUCUGGUGUGUUGGAAGUUCGAGGGCCCAAAGUACAUUCUUGCAAAGAAGCUCAAUACAAUUGUAGUCAAUCAUCAAUGGGUGGAAGAAUGCAUAAGGCAAGGGAAGCGAGUUCCCGAGGCGCCUUACAUACUUGAAAGUGGGGAAGAAGUUGGACCUUUGGUGACUGAAGUUCCUGAGAAAGUGGUGAAGGAAAAGAUAAAGUUUGUAUCACCGUAUGAUAAAUACUUUGAAAAUCCUUCUAAGCCUGUCCAUUGGAUGGACUCCGGCUUGUGGAAGUGGAACGAGGUAAGUCUUGAACAUAAGGAAAAAGCUGAGGUAAAGGAUUAUUCAUUGAGAGGAAAGAGGGUUUUAUUAAAGAAGAAAGAGAUGGCCUUAGAAAUGGAUAAGCUACAUCGACAAUUUUUUCAACGACGAAGAAUUGCUGAUGAGAAGAAACUUAGAGAGGCUAAUGAUAAAAAUGUGAAGGAGUGUGUUCAACAUCCUGAAGAAUCCACAGGGCAAAACUGGUUAUGA